AUGGCAGAACGUAAGAGAAAGCUGCCGUUACGCAAAGGUGACCAAAAUGCAAAUAAUCACGCGAAUGAAAGCAAAUUAACGGCUGAGAGCAAACAACAGAAACUGAAUGAGUCGGAGCAAAGUGUUUACUUCAGUGGUAGUCAAACUAAUACUACUAACCGGCGGAGAAGACUGGGAGAGGAUUUCUUCUCACAACCAUGCGUCCCCUUGGCCAAAGCUUUCCUCGGCAAGGUGCUGGUAAGGCGUUACAAGGACGGCACAGAGCUGAGAGGCCGUGUGGUGGAGACAGAGGCGUACCUGGGCGGCGAAGACAAGGCAUCGCACUCCGCGGGGGGAAAGCGCACAGAGCGGAACACAGCAAUGUUCAUGAAGCCCGGCACCAUUUACGUGUAUCCCAUCUACGGCAUCUACCUCUGCAUGAACGUGUCUAGUGAAGGCGACGGCGCCGCUGUGCUGCUGCGCUCUCUGGAGCCUCUCCAGGGCCACCCUGUCAUGAGGAAACUGAGGGCCGCCAAACGCAAAGAUGGGGCCCGGCCCCUCAAGGACAAAGAGCUGUGCAACGGCCCUUCCAAACUGUGCCAGGCCCUGGACGUCCCGCGGAAUUUUGACCGCCGGGACCUAGCGUGCGACACGGAAGUGUGGCUGGAGGACACAGAUCCCGUUGUGGGAGACACUCAUCGUGAGGACGUGGUGGCAGCGCCGCGUAUCGGCAUAGAGUCCCACGGAGAGUGGGCCAAGAAGCUUCUGCGUUUUUACCUCCGUGGGAACGCUUACGUUAGCGUGGUGGACAAAGUGGCGGAAAGGCAACAGAACCAGUCUGACCUCAACUGUAAGCAUACAUAA